AUGUCGGAGUUCACGGUCCGCACCCGCAAGUUCAAGCAGAACCCGCUACUGGGCCGCAAGCAGUUCGUCCUCGACAUCAUCCACCCGAGCAUGGCCAACGUCUCCAAGGCGGACCUGGCGAAGAAGCUUGCACAGAUGUACAAGGUGCACGACCACAACUGCAUCCAGCUCUUCGGGUUCAAGACCGCCUUCGGCGGCGGGCGCAGCUCUGGCUUUGGCCUCAUCUACGACAACAUCGACAAGGCCAAGAAGUUCGAGCCGAAGUACCGCCUGAAGCGCGCGGGCCUCGGGAAGGACAAGGGGGGCGGUGGCCGCCGCGCCAAGAAGGACACGAAGAACCGGCGGAAGAAGGUGCGCGGCAAGGAGAAGUCCAAGGCUGGCGGCAAGAAGUCGGACGACCCGCAGCGCGAGGACACCGAGAACAUCAUCCGCACGAAGACCAUACAGCACAAAGCGCGUGACGUACGGGUGAUCCUUGUGUUGAACAAAGCGGAGCACGAGGACGGCCUGAGGGACCAGUCCGCGGCCCUGCGAGGCAGUCAGAUCGCCAUAACCAAGAACACCAGGCUCUUGACCAUCGCGUUCGACGAGUUCAAGCUGGGGGUCGCUGCCAAGGAGGCCCAGAUUCCUGGAUUCAUCCCGCUGAUCACCAACUGGUGCAAGUGCAUCGCCGACUCCCCGCAGGCCAAGGCCGGGGCGUGCACGAUGGCCGGGCAGCCGGCCCCUCGGCACGGCGCGCCCGCGGCCCGGGCGCCGCAGCCGCGCCUGCGGCUGGGCGGCGCGGCGGGCGAGGGCGGCGCGGGGUGCCGGCUGCCCCCGGUGGCCGGCAUCCUGCGGAGCGGCCGAGCUGGGCUGGCCGCGGCACCGCCGACCUCGGGGCGCUGGGCGCGCUCGCGGCUGCCUGCGGCGGUGGUGGCGGCCGGGCUGCUGUCGCACCGCUGGGGCGCGGCCGCGCAGGUGACCUGGGCUCCGCAGCCGGCGCAGCUGUCCACCGAGGACGACGUCGGCAACCACCGGCGGCUCCGCAACCUGCUUUGCCAGGCGUAUGCCACGGGCUACAACGAGGGUCGGCAGCCGCACCUGCUCAUGCCCAGCAUUCGCGCGGAGAUCGCCGACUUCCGGCAGCGCGUCCCGUCCAACGCUGCCCUGGCUCUGGCCGUGGGAUUCGCGAAGUACCACUUCGCUUGGUACCUGGAGGGCGGCGCCGAGAUGGAUGUCGAGAGCGUGCAGGACGCCGCGGACCUCAUUUACCUAAGCAUUCAGUUCAGUCGCUGCAACGACCCCACGCUCCAGGCGGAGGCCUUCGCGCAGCGCAUGUGCAGUUCACGUUGGCAGCAUGCCGUCAUGAUCUACAGCGAGCUGGGCAGGGAGUACGCCAGCAAAUACAUGGCCGACCAGGCCGCAACUGUGCUAGAAAGGGCGCUGGCUGUCUUCGAUGAGAUGAAGAGUUUGAGCUUUUUUGCCCGGUGGCACCACUGGCAGGGCCCGUACGACAUGAACUCCAACGAGGAGUUUUUCUCCGGGGUGGUGCCGGCGGGGCCCGUGUGGAGCAGCGCUGCGGUGCCUUUGGCGGGACUCCUGGAGGGGAGCUUCCAAGAGCUGUCGGCCGAGCUGGACGGCCUGCUGCAGCAGCAGGGCCUCUUCGACCGUUUGCACCUCCAGGGGCCCCGCGCCGACAGCCAGGACCACGCGCCCCCGGGCGCCUGGCGCGCCGUCGGCCUGGGGGUACCCGGCGAGGCGGUGGAGCUACGCUGGGACGCGGCCGCCUGCAGGCUGCUGCCGCGCACGUGCGAGCUCCUGUCGGCCCGGCCCGAGCUGCGGGGCUGCCGACGCGCGGGCGCCUCGCUGGUGCGGAUGAGCGCGGGCGGCAGCCUCAAGCCGCGGCUCUCCGCGGAGCCGGGCCUGCAGGUGCACCUCGUCCUGAUGGCCGACCCCGGCGCGCGCAUGAGCGUCGGCAAUCGCACGCCCGCGUGGGAGCUCGGGCGGGCGGUCGUCCUCGACGACACCCACGUGCGGCAGGAGUGGCACGCGGGCGUCCGCGGCGAGAGCUACGUGCUGCAGGUGAGCCUCUGCCACCCGUGCGAGGCGGCCCAGCGCUCCCUCUAUGCGGGGUCGGUCUCAUGUCCGUCGGCUGGCGCAGCCGCCGACGUCACAGUCCUCGCCAAGCAGGCUGGUGGCUGGGCCCACCUACCGAGUGGCGUCGCAGCGGCAGGGCCCUUUGGGACGCAAGCGGCAGAGGCCGGGGCAACGAUGGCGGUGCCUUUCGCGGCCGCGGCGCUGUGGGCGGCGACGCUUCCGGAGCUGGCCGCUUGCGCUGGCGGCAUCGGCGAGCAGUGCCCUCCAGACACGCAGCACGGGGGCGCCAACCCGCUGAGCGCCCUCGGCACAUGGACCUACGCGCUGAACAACCUGCGCGCCGCAAUGCGGCACGCCGGCGUCGAGCUGGACCCCACAGUCUCGAGCGCCAUCUCCCAGGUGCAGGGCGCGAUAGAGGCGUUCCUGAAGUAUCCCGCGCUGGACGGCUUCGAGCCCAUCGUCGCCAGCGCCGCACAGAUCUUCCAGGUGCUGCAGCCUUGGCUGCAGCUGCAGCCCGCCGCACCCGUGUGGGUGGCCGCGCGGUCGCCCAGCGCCGCGGCGCUUGCUGGAGGCACGACGGAGCUUCCGCUCGCUGGCGGCCUGCGCAUGCCGGUCGUGGGCCUCGGGACCUGGAAGCUGGAGGGGGCCGCCUGCUACAAUGCGGUGCGGUGGGCCCUCGCCGCCGGCGUCCGGCACGUGGACACGGCCGAGGCCUACGGCAACGAGGCGGACGUGGGCCGGGCGAUCCGCGACAGCGGCGUGCCGAGGGGCGACAUCUUCCUGGCGACGAAGGCCACCAGCGCCGCCCUGGGCAUGGCGCCAGUGUCCCAGCUGGAGUCUAUCUUCGCCUCCCAGCUGCAGGCUCUGCAGACGGAGUACGUGGAUGUCUACAUGCUGCACGCCGCCGGGGUGAGGGGCGAGGAACUGGUGGCGCUGUGGCGGGGCAUGGAGCGACUACACGAUUUAGGGCGGGCGAGGGCACUGGGGGCAUCAAACUUCGGCAUCGAGGAGCUCGAGGAGCUGUGGACCUUCGCGAGGGUGAAACCUGCCUACAUCCAGAACAUCUUCAAGGUGUACAAGCAGGGCGAGCAGAUCCCGGGCGACUCCGCCGAGGGGGUGGCCUCGUGGGCGCGGAGGCACCAGGUGGCAAUGGUGGGCUACUCCGUGAUCAACUCCUGGCCGCAGCUGCUGCCGCCCACGCGCGACCCCCACGUGCUCGCCGUCGCGGCCGCCCACGGCCGGACCCCGGCCCAGGUCCUGCACCGCUGGGCCCUGCAGAGCGGCGUGGCCGUGAUCCCGCGGGCCUCCUCUAAGGAGCACGUCCUGGAGAACGCCGCCCCGCUCGACUUCGAGCUGUCGCCGGCCGAGCUGGCGGCCCUGGACGGCCUCGCCACGCUCGCGGAGAGCACGCACGACCAGCUGCGGCCGGCGUGGGCCUCGGACGUCUAUGGCCUGCGCGCGAGCCCCGGCGGGGCCGCGGGCCCUGGCGCGCCGGGGCCCGCGGCGCUCGCGGAGGCCUCCGUCGGCCCCGGCGCCGCGGGCUUCCAGGCCGUGCUGAGGAAUGCGCAGUGCGGCCGCGGUGCAGACGCCGUCGCGGACCCCUUCACCCUGGGCGGGGGUGGCCACGACCUGGCGCAGUGCGGGGCGGCGUGCGCCUCGCAGCCAGCCUGCCGCUUUGUCACGUACUAUCACAGGACCGGCUACUGUCACAUGUACAGGAGCUGCCUGGAGCAGCUGGAGGCUGGCGACGAGGCGGUGAUCUAUGCCCUGGACGCCAGCCCGUGGCAGGUCGACUACGAGCGCGGGCUUGCGAAGGAGCUGUAUGAGGUGGUGCUCUCCAAGGGAUACUUCACCAGCAAGGCGGUGUUCGCAGAGAUCGUCCUCGACGUGCUGGACCGCUCCGGCGGCGAGGCCGCGGCGCUCCCCGGCGGCCGUCGCGGCUUCUGA